ACCAAGGGAGCAAAUUUCAGAGAGUAAUUGAACUGCUGAGAGUUCUCAUUUUCUUUCUUUCUUUCUUUUCUAUAAACAGAGAAUUUGAGAUAAGAAAGAUUGAAAGCGGGCUAAGGGGUUUUUUGAUCUUUGAGAAAGGGAUUAAUAGCAGUGUUUUUUUCUUUCUGUGUGUGGUUAUGGGAGAUGAAAAAUCGACAAUAUUAUGGAAAGUAGAGAUAUUGAGCUUCUAAUACCAGUCGCCGAUUCCGUCCACGAUGAUUCCUCUAAACCGUCUUCUUCUUCAUCUUCCCCACUUCAUGCCGGUCAAGAGACCUUUUACAAAGCUGCUAGGAGUUGGGCUUCUAAGAAGUUCAUGACAGGAUGGUCUUGGAUUUAUAACUUCUUUAACAUUCAUCUUCUUGAUUGGGGUAUUCAUGUCAUCUUGGUUGGGAGCAUUUUUCCUGAGCCUUGGCGAGUGGUUUAUCAAGCGGAUGCCAUUUGUUCGACAUAUCUACAAUGCUUCCAAGCAAAUUAGUUCUGCCAUAUCUACAGAUCAGAACACACAGGCCUUCAAGGAAGUAGCCAUCAUAAGGCAUCCACGUGCUGGGGAAUGUGCAUUUGGGUUCAUCACAUCAUCUGUUACACUGCAGAGCUACUCCGGUGAAGAAGAGCUAUGUUGUGUAUAUGUUCCCACGAAUCAUCUUUACGUUGGUGAUAUAUUCCUUAUCAAUACCAAGGAUGUUUUCAGACCAAAUCUGUCGGUCCGUGAAGGAAUCGAAAUCGUCGUGUCCGGAGGGAUCUCCAUGCCCCGUAUCCUGUCAACACUCGACAAACGUUCACCUCUCAAAAGAAGUAGAUCCGACGGAAGCUAGGGUUUAAUGUAGCAGUUGUACGGGCUUAUUUUCUCUGAUAUCGGAUUCAAAUCACCAGAGAACCCGCACGAUGAACGUGUUGGCAAUACAGGAUCAGAUUUUAGAUUUUGCUAGUCGUGUGCCUGAUUCUGGUGGCACAUGUAACGCUGCUUGUUCACGUAGAAUGUAAAACAUUUUGCUCUGCAAAUGUAGUUUGGUUGGAAAUACGGGCUACUUGCCUGGUAGGCGGUUCGAUGUUGUAUUGUGUUUCUUCUUCCAACUGUUACAACAACACCGUUAAACAAGACA